CCCUCCCGGCCUCUCUCCACCGCCUUCUCUCGCUCUCGGGUCAGAGGGCCGGAGCGAGAAGAUGGCGAAGACGUACGAUUAUCUGUUCAAGCUGCUGCUGAUCGGCGACUCGGGCGUGGGCAAGACCUGCCUUCUGUUCCGCUUCUCCGAGGACGCCUUCAACACUACGUUCAUCUCCACCAUCGGAAUUGAUUUUAAAAUCAGAACGAUAGAACUAGAUGGAAAGAAAAUUAAGCUUCAGAUAUGGGACACAGCAGGUCAGGAAAGAUUCCGAACAAUCACAACAGCAUACUAUAGAGGAGCCAUGGGAAUUAUGCUGGUGUAUGACAUCACAAAUGAAAAAUCCUUUGACAACAUUAAAAAUUGGAUAAGAAACAUUGAAGAGCAUGCCUCUUCAGAUGUUGAAAGAAUGAUCCUUGGUAACAAAUGUGAUAUGAAUGACAAAAGACAAGUGUCAAAAGAGAGAGGGGAGAAGUUAGCAAUUGACUAUGGGAUUAAAUUCUUGGAGACCAGUGCAAAAUCCAGUACAAAUGUAGAAGAGGCAUUUUUUACACUUGCACGAGAUAUAAUGACAAAACUCAACAGAAAAAUGAAUGACAGCAAUUCAUCAGGGGCAGGUGGACCAGUGAAAAUAACAGAAAACCGAUCCAAGAAGACCAGUUUCUUCCGUUGUUCGCUGCUUUGAUGAACUCUUUCUUUUUGAGAGACUGCAGCAUACCUAGAAGGCCCUUUCCUGCUUUUCUGAAAGCACAGGUCACCCGGCCUCAGAGUCACACUGCCCGGCUGCUGCUGAGAGCACCCACUGAACUUAGACCUCCCGACACAGAAUGCCAAGUGGAUCCAGCCUCGUGGCCUAGCAAAAGAAUAGGCUCCUUUUUAUUAUACAUGGAAGCAAUGAAGUGGAGACACAUGCAGGACCUUGCUGGUUUUUUCUUUCUUUUAUUGCCUGUUGCAAAAGCUGCUAUCUUUCUUUUUCACUUUGCACAUCAGUAUUAGCCUUUUCUUAUUACUGUACACCUUAGACUCAUACUUGCACACUUUUGUGGCAUGAAGUUCUAGACAAAUUUGGGGUUGUUUAAAAUACAACAGAAUAUUAAGCAGAGGUUGACAGACUAAAAUUAAAGGACACUUGGUCUGGUUCAUAGGGCCAA